AUGACACACCCAACCAUGGACAGGAACAGGAAGUGGAUGCCAGGCUUUGGAGCUGUGCUAUUGAUGCUCUUUAGUCACAUGACUUCAGCACUGGAAGUGCCUCUUGAUCUGCCCCAACCUCCCACAAUUACGCUACAGUCCCCAAAGGAUUACAUCUUUGAUCCGCGGGAGAACAUUGUCAUCCACUGUGAGGCCAAGGGGAAGCCAAAUCCCAGCUUUUCCUGGACGAGAAAUGGGACCCACUUUGAUGUCGAGAAGGACUCCAAAGUGCUGAUGAAGCCCGGUUCUGGAACUCUGGUCAUUGACAUCAGCGGGGAAAAGGCGGAGGCCUACGAGGGAACGUACCAGUGUACAGCUCACAAUGAGCAUGGCACCGCUGUAUCCAACAACAUUGUCAUCAGACAGUCCAGGUCCCCCUUGUGGUCGAAGGAAAGAAAUGAAGCCAUCACCGUGCAGAUGGGGGUCUCCCUGGUGCUGCAGUGCCGACCCCCUGCCGGUCUGCCCCCUCCUGUCAUCUUCUGGAUGGAUAACAACUUUCAGAGGCUGCUGCUGGAUGAACGUGUGUCCCAGGCCCUGAAUGGAGACUUGUACUUUUCCAACGUUCUCCCAGAAGACACCAGGAGUGACUACAUCUGCUAUGCUCGCUUCCCCCACACACAGACCAUCCAGCAGAAACAACCUAUUUCAGUCACCGUGCUCGACAACAGCCCAGUGGGGGAGCGUCGACCCGGUUUCAUGUUGCCUCUGGGCCCCACCAGUACCAAGAUGGUUCUGAGAGGGGAGACUCUGGAGCUGGAAUGCAUCGCUGAGGGCUUACCCACUCCAGAGAUCUCCUGGCAGAAGGAUGGAGGUGAACUGCCGAGCAGCAGGAUGUCCUUUCAUAACUUCAAGAAAAUGCUGAAGAUUUCUGAUGUGAAUGAAGCUGAUGCUGGCGACUAUCGCUGUGCGGCCAAAAACAACCUGGGCAUUGCACACCACAUCAUCAAGGUCACUGUCAAAGCGGCUCCUUUCUGGGUCAGUGCUCCGAGGAACCUGAUCCUUGCUCCGAACGAGACUGGCAUCCUGACUUGUCGAGUCAAUGGAGACCCCAAACCGAAGAUUAGGUGGUUUGUCAAUGGAGUUCCCAUAGAGAAUGCUCCUGAGGACCCCAGCCGCAAGGUGGAGGACGACACUGUGAUUCUCAACAACGUGCAGUCAGGAUCCAGUGCUGUCUACCAGUGUAAUGCAUCCAAUGAGUUUGGGUACCUGAUGGCAAAUGCUUUUGUCAAUGUUCUUGCUGAACCACCAAGGGUGCUCACUCCACCCAACCAAGUGUACCAGGUCAUCACCAACAACCCUGCACUACUUCACUGUUCCUCCUUUGGCUCACCAAUACCAACCAUCACAUGGUUCAAAGACAGUCAGACCAGCAUUAAGAAUGGUGACCCAUAUGUGAUCCAUGAGAAUGGUACACUGGAGAUCCAUGUGGCCCAGCCACUAAACAGCGGAAAGUACACCUGCAUUGCCACCAACAACCUGGGGAUCAAGGAGAACCACGUAUUCCUGGAGGUUAAAGAGCCCACCCGUAUCCUGAAGCAGCCAGAGUACAAGGUGGUGCAGAGAGGAAUGAGCGCUAUGUUCGAGUGUAAAGUCAAACAUGACCCUUCCCUCAUUCCCACCAUGACCUGGCUCAAAGACAGUGGAGAGCUGCCAGAUGACGAGAGGUUUGAGGUGGAUGCAGACAGUCUGACCAUCAAAGAUGUGACAAAAGAAGAUGAGGGCACGUACACCUGCAUCAUGAACACAACCCUGGACCAGGACUCAGCCAGUGCCAUGCUGACUGUUGUUGAGAAACCCGACCCUCCGACUGACCUCGAACUGACUGACCAGACAGAGAGGAGCGUUCAGCUCUCCUGGAUCCCUGGAGACGAACACAACAGUCCCACACAGAAGUUUUUGAUCCAAUACGAGGAUCUGCUCCACCAGCCAGGAGUGUGGAUCAACCUGACAGAGGUUGGUGGCACUAGCACCACAGCACAGUUAAACCUCUCUCCAUAUGUCUACUACUCUUUCCGAGUGCUGGCUCUGAAUCGCGUGGGCUACAGCAACCCCAGCCAGCCGUCACGCCAAUACAGGACCAACCCUGCAGCUCCUGAUGAAAAUCCAUCAGAUGUCCAGGGAGUAGGAACAGAGCCUGGCAACUUGGUCAUCUCCUGGACACCAUUGACAGGAUUCCAGUCCAAUGGCCCUGGUUUGGAGUACAUAGUGCAGUGGAGACAGAAGGACAUGGACGAGGAUUGGUCAUCAAAGAACGUGGCCAACGUUUCCCAGUUUGUCGUGUCUGGAACCCCCACCUUUGUGCCGUACGAAAUUAAAGUUCAAGCAUUGAAUGAUUAUGGCAGCGGACCAGAGCCUGAAGUAGUGAUUGGGUAUUCUGGCGAAGACUUGCCUUUGGCUGCUCCUGACAGUGUGCAGGUCAUGGUUCAUAACAGUACCCUAGCAGAAGUACACUGGCAGCCUGUAUCUUCCCCUUCAUUAAGGGGAAAACUACAGGGAUACAAGGUAUACUAUCGUCGUGAGCGAGGCUUGCAUGAGACAGAGGAGGAGACGGAUCAACAGGAGCAGGUUUUGAUGUUCAGUGGGAACCGUAGUGAGGGGCGUCUGCCAGGCCUCCAGCCUUACAGUCUCUACAACCUCUUUAUCAGGGUCCUUAAUAACAAAGGAGAAGGUCCUCCGAGCCCCAGCCAGACAUUUGAGACACCUGAGGGAGUCCCAGGGCCUCCUUCUUUUCUGAAUGUCAUCAACCCCAGUUUGGACUCUCUCACUCUGGAAUGGGGCCCACCAAUGAAAAGCAAUGGACGCCUCGCUGGAUACACACUGAAAUACCAACCAGUCAACAACACCAACGAACUGGGACCAGUCAAGGUCAUGACAUUUCUAGCCAACGAGACCACCAUUACCCUGGGCAACCUGAACUCCAGCAUGCUCUACAAGUUUUACUUAAGUGCAAAGACAAACAAGGGCUCUGGCCCCAUGAUCACAGAAGAGGCCUUCACAAUCAUGGACACAACACGUACUCAGCCCACUGUAGAGACGGGCAAAGGCCCCACAGAGCCCCCUCACCCAACUUCCCCCAUCACUCAGUCUCUGCACCCCACGUUUCACAAGGCACCUCCUGUAGGCCCUGCAUUUGGCACAGUUAACACGUCUGUAUCAGAGGACGGUGCAGUGAUCAGUUGGGAAUACUUUGGACACCAUAAGAAUGUAUAUGUGGAAUAUAUUGUAGAAAACAGUAAAGAGGACUGGAAAAAGGAGUUGGUAAACGGUUCACAGUCGCAUACGAUAAAAGGUUUAAAGCCGGGGACGUCCUAUAGGGUGCGUCUGGUAGCUAGAGACCCGACUGACCCGACAAUCCACAGCACAAACGAAGUGUUGGUUACGGUGCCAGCUGUACCUAGCCGGCAGGUAGACAUUGCCACCCAGGGCUGGUUUAUUGGACUGAUGUGUGCCAUCGCUCUUCUCAUCUUGGUCCUUCUCAUAGUGUGCUUCAUCAAGAGGAACAAAGGUGGCAAAUAUCCAGUGAAAGAGAAAGAAGAUGCUCACCAAGACCCUGAGAUCCAGCCCAUGAAAGAGGACGACGGGACGUUUGGAGAAUACAGUGACACAGAGGACCAUAAGCCGCUGAAGGGCAGCCGGACGCCGUCCAACGGGACAGUGCGCCGUGACGAGAGUGACGACAGUCUGGUGGACUACGGGGAGGGCGGCGACGGACAGUUCAAUGAGGACGGCUCCUUCAUCGGCCAGUACAGCGGCAAGAAAGAGAAGGACACACACGAAGGCAACGAGAGUUCGGAGGCACCGUCACCUGUCAACGCCAUGAACUCGUUUGUCUAACGAAGGGCCGCCGCCUGGUUGCGACAGUUUCUGAGGCCACUCCUUGUCACCCUGGCAAGUGUGACCAUCUCUGUGGUUACAGUUGCUAAGGUGACAGUGGUUGUUAUUAUACCUACUUUUUACCAUGGUGGCUGUCACUUCGGUGGCCAUGGCUACCUGUCACCAAGACUGCUGACACGCCCUCAUCUCCACACCCGCCAGCCCCUGUCACACUGUGACCUCCUCUGAUCAACACACACUCAACAUGGCAAAGAGCGACACCAUAUCCCCCCAUGAAUGUUGAAAGAAGGCGCGAAACGAGGAAUGUGAGGACUCCGAGAAGAGGAAGGGAGAGAGGAAGCAAUACAGAAAAGCAGAAGGAAUGUACAAGCAGGAGUAUUACCACUCAGAAUGAGCAGCAGUGUGGCCAAGUUUGUGUGUGUGUGUGAGUGUGAGUGUGUGUGUGUGUUGGUGCCAUUUAAUCUCCUUUGCAAACAUACUAAACCUGAUGUAUCCAAAUAUAUAUUUUAUCAAGUGCAGUACAUGACCCGCAGGCAGGAAAAUAAGCAUUGAAUCACAUUCAUAAACAUCCGCAUGGAGUAAAUCAUGAUUCUGUGAAGCAUUUUACCAUCCUCGUGUCAGUGGUUGCAGAGGUGAGCUGAGUGUUGAGACUGUAUAUGGUGCCAGCCUUCUAGCAACUGGGUUUUUUUGUUUUUUUGUUUUUUUUGUUUUUCAGUCAAUGUGUUAAAUGGCGUACGAUAUCGAGACAAAAUGGCAGCAGUGUCUUAGUGGACACUGCUGAGAAAUGUGCGACUCAAAGUAGAAGCUAGGAUAUGUCUUUUUGAGACGAAUGAGCUGUUUGUUCAUAUGUAAUAGAAUAAGAAGAAAGCUAUAUUUCAAGGUCAGGGAUAUCCAUUUGUAGUCAUGGGAAACCUGUCUAGAAACACUUUGAACUCAGCGUUCGGUCACUCC